AUGGAGAAAUAUGCAUUGAUUACUGGUGCUGCUUCAGGGAUCGGAUACCAAAUGGCUCUUGCCCUCCAUAGGAGAGGCUACACCAUCUUCGGAGUUUCCAUCGAGGCUGAUGCUUGGGGAAUGAAACCUUUGGAGGAACAAAUUGGCCUUAUUCCUAUUAUUCUUGACAUCACUGAUAUUGAAGGCAUCAAGGCUGCCGUAGUUGAGGUGACCAAAAUCACCGGGGGAAAGCUUGAUAUCUUGUACAACAACGCAGGAAUCUCCAACAUUGGAGGACCAGCCAUUGAGUACGACGAUCUGAAGUUGCAGUUGCUUUUCAAUGUCAAUGUGCUUGGACACAUGUACAUGACCAAGUAUUUUUCCGACCUAGUGAUCAAUGCAAAAGGUACCAUUGUGUUCACCAGCUCUGUUGCAGCCAGAGUCCCUCUUUCUUGGGUUUCGGCCUACUGUGCUACGAAGGCUGCCAUUGAUCAAUAUGCAUUUGUUCUCAGAGGUGAAAUGAAGCCUUUCGGUGUGAAAGUGCACAGUGUAAUCACUGGAGGGGUUAACACUGCCAUUUGUGAUCCUUACGGCUCACCAUGCUUGCUCUCAGACAAGUACGAUGUAGAGGGUGUUUAUGAUAGUAUUCGUGCAUCUUCAGGAAUGAGCAGAAACCCCAGAACAUCGAUUCCGGCUUCAAAAUAUGCCGAGCAAGUUGCUGGACAGAUUACCAAGAAGAGGGAUGUUGGGUUUAACAUUUACCGUGGUUUUGCUGCUUACACCUUACAUUGGGUUCGCUGGUAUUUGCCUGUGUGGCUCGUGGAGCUCGGGGUUCAGAUUCACUUCAAGCAGUGGGCAGUUCUCCGGAGAAUUGCCAAGAAGGUAAAACGUCAGAACAGUGCUAAACUGAAAUAA